AUGGUCCUGCGGCAAGUUGUCCGACAUGCCCUCCAUGCAGGUCGCUCCUUCAGCACAUCCGCCGCAAGGGGCGCCAUGUAUAUCUCCAACGUAGGCAAGCAGCACAUCCACUAUCCCCCCACCAUCUCCUUCGCGCAAACACCGACCGCCCUCUCCGUCACGGGCCCGCUCGGGACGACCAGCGUCCCUCUCGAGCCCUUCAUGAACCUCGCGUUCGCAGACGAGAACAAGCUCGCCGUGUCCGUACAGGACGCCUCGCAGAAGAAGCAGCGCUCGAUGUGGGGGCUCACGCGCACGCUCAUCAACAACGCGAUUACAGGCAUGACCGAAGGCUUCGCGACACCCGUAUACCUCGUCGGCGUCGGGUACCGUGCGGCGCUCGAGGCGGACCCGAGGGGCAAGACGGAGGGCAUGUCUGGCGAGAGGCUGAACAUGAAACUCGGCUUCUCGCACCCCGUGUUUGUGCCCAUCCCGGAACACAUCAAGGUGGAGGUGCCGGCAGCGACGAGGAUCCUGCUGAGCUGUACAGACAAGCAGCUGUUGGGACUGUUCGCCGCAAAAAUAAGGAAAUGGAGGCCACCAGAGCCGUACAAGGGCAAGGGAGUCUUCGUUGGGACCGAGCGUGUCCGCAUAAAGGCAAUUAAGAAGAAGUAG